AUGAUGCAAGAAGGGCAACCUCAAAACAGAGAAAACGGAAUAUGGUGGUUUCAAGUGAGGGCCUGGUCUGUUGCUGUGAUUUCCAUAGCAUUCCUCUGUGCAUGCUUUACUGUGAGCCGUGUGGUGAAUUUUCAUUUUAUACAUUGCAAAAUUGACAAAAGGCUGUCUGAACUACGCACAUACAAUUCAGGUUUAAACUGCUUUAUUGAAGUAACGAGCAUGACAGAGAAAGAUUGGAUCUGCUGCCCAAAGAAUUGGGAGCCAUUUAGUUUGAACUGCUACUUUAUUUCUAAUGAUACCAGAAACUGGACAGAGAGUCAAAACAACUGCACAGCAAUGAAGUCUCACCUGCUGGUGAUCAACACCAAGGAAGAGCAGGAUUUUAUCAUUGGGAAACUGGAUAUAAACAGUGCUUAUUUUGUGGGGCUGUCAGACCCAGAGGGGAACAGAGCAUGGCAAUGGGUUGAUCAGACACCAUACAAUGCAAGUGCCGCAUUCUGGCACCAAGGUGAACCCAAUAACCCUUUGGAGCGUUGUGUUUUCCUGAAUCAACGUAAGAAAAGCUCAUGGGGCUGGAAUGAUGUUGCUUGUAAGGAGCCUCAGAAGUCAAUUUGCAAGAUGAGGAAGAUCUACUUAUGA